AUGCCCUGCUUCAAAGGGCUCGCCGUGAGCAUCCACACCCCAGAUGGACCUAUCUCGGAAUAUUCUAUCCAACGCCAAUCGCGAGCCUCGCGGAUAGCUUGCUUCAUCCCCGUUCCUCCGCCCAAAGUACCCGAAUCCGGCUCCGAGAAAGCAGAACAAUCGACUUUCGCCAUCUCAAUCACCCUCCUGAACCCCGAACAAGAUGUUCCAUACUCGACGCCAAAGCCCACAGCGGACUGCCCUGACCCGAAACCAAAACAAGUUGGCAAACUGGCCGGCGAGGCGGGUCAAAUUGCCGGAGCGGUCGCCCCCUACCAAGGCCUGACGAAGUCGAUGAACGAGACCGUGGCUGCAUACAUCUACUUCGACGGGAGGCAGAAAGAAGAAGUGGCCACUCUGUUGAGGAGAGGCGAGGAGACCUGGGUCAACUCACGGUGGGUCAGCGUGCCCGAUUCCGAAGGUGGGGGAAUUGCAGAGCGUGAAUUCCUGUUCCGCGAAGUCGGUCUGGAACGCUGGCUCAAUGGAUUGGAUCUAGAGGGCAAGGACGCUGCAGCCAAGAUUGAGCGUCGGCGUCAGAAGAUGGAGAAGCGACGCGUCAAGCGUGAGGAGGAACAGACCGCUAUGGAGAUGGAAGAUAGCCAUCCCGCCAGGUCGAAAUCUAUCAUGCGCUACGGCAAUGACGAAAAGUCGCCCCUCGAGGAUGUCUCCGACGACGAUCUUUCCUCGGACUCAGAUGACGACGAUCCCAUCCCUGAGACAGCGGGCCAAAUCAAGGUCGCUUUGUUCCGGGUGCUGGCAUCGGGAGAAAUCAAGCGGGGUGAAUACUCGCCUCAAUUCGACGCACACGAGGACGAAGAAGGUGGCCAGGACAACAGCGGUGGAGGAGAUGCUGAUGUUGAUCAUACCACCAGCUUUGCAAAGCCGAAAUCCCUCGACCCCAAAAGCAUCAGCACACAAACUGUUACUGGAAUUGACCCGAGCGAUCGGCCAUAUGCUACUUUCACUUUCAUGUACCGCGGUGGGCGGCAAUUGCAAAAGAUGGGCAUCCUGAAGGAUAGCAAGGCUCAAGAAACACCUGGUAACUCCAAGCGCAAGUCGAUUCACGAAGAUCUUGCAAAUCUGGGUCCAAUCAAGCCAGGGGGAGCUGCUGGAUUCCUGAACUUCCGGGAUAACGAACCCAAGGCGCGCAAGGGCAGAAAGGCCGAUGAUGACAUGGACAGUGAUGAUGACGAUACGGACAAUCCCAUUCUUGGUAAAGCCGAUGAUGAAGAAAGCAAAGAUAAGAAUGAUGAUCAGUUGUUAUCCCCGGAUGAUAUCGAACGUCAGGGAGAGCUAGCGGAGAGCAUGCGAAAGAUUCGACUCAAGCGCCAACACUCAGCCGAACCUCCUGGUGGCAGCGCAGGCGACUCCGCCGACACCCCCGGCUCCGGUUCCGGGCUGACACCUCCGGCCACCGAGCGCUCAGCCACACCUCCCAAGGGCACUGCAACCGUACCAGGGCCCGAGCCAACCCAGCCAGCUACUGAACUAUCCGACGGGCUCUUUGGAAGCCCUCUGAAGAAGCAGCGAGCUAGUGUCUCCACCGCGGACGAGAAUGCCUUGAGACGCCGAAUCGCCGAGUCAUCUGGCAGGAUCAACGAAGUCCUAGGUUCUUCUGCCCCCACUGAAUCCACCAACACGUCGAACACAUUUGGCAACAGCCUCAAUCUUACCCCCGAGAUGUCGGCCGGUCCGCCUGUUGAGGAGGAGCUGUAA